GCUGUGGUCAUGGACGUCUUCACCGAUGGGGAGAUCUUCCAAGACAUUGUGGACGCGGCCUUUAAGCGCCGGGUCCCCGUGUACAUCAUCCUGGACGAGGCCGGCGUGAAGUGCUUCCUGGACAUGUGUCAGGGCCUGGAGCUCGCCGACUUCCGGGUCCGGAACAUCCGUGUCCGCUCGGUGACGGGUGUUGGCUUCUACAUGCCCAUGGGGAAGGUGAAGGGGACCCUGUCAUCCAAGUUCUUGAUGGUAGAUGGUGAAAAAGUAGCCACUGGAUCUUACAGGUUCACCUGGAGCUCCUCCCACUUGGACAGGAACCUGCUGUUCCUCCUGACCGGGCAGUACGCGGAGCCCUUCGACAUGGAGUUCCGGGAGCUGUACGCCAUCUCCGAGGAGGUGGACUUGUGCCAGCAGCUGGGCCUGGGAGGUGCUGGCCGGCCGGGCCUCGGCCGCUCCUCCACCGUGGCUCGCAAGCUCAUCAACCCCAAGUACGCCUUGGUGGCCGCCAGCCGCCAGCCCCCCGGGGAGAUGAUGCGCUGGGCCGCCCUGCAGCAGAAGGAGGCCAGGGGCGAGCCGCAGGGCCAGGAGGAGGACAGCGGAGGCGGCGAGUCCGCGAGGCGCCUGGAGAGCUUCCUGAAUGACCUGGUCACGCUGGAGCAGUUCCUGCCUCCGGUGGAUCCUCUGGACCUGACCGACGGCCGGCACGCGGACCCAAAGUGCAAACCCAGUGAGCCACUUGCCCAAAACGGCAAGGCACCAGCUGCCAAGGAGGAGGCCAAGGAGGGCAAGAAUAGGUGGUUUUCCAGCAGACGCAAGAAGCCCCCGGAGCCCAACGGCAGGGCCAGCCCCGUGCCCACAGAGACUGCGGACAGGCAGCUGCCCACGGCGAGGAGGCCCAACCAGGGCUCCUGCGCCGACUUCCCAGGUAAAACAAUGCCCAGUCCUGCCAAGACCAGCAAGCCCGUAGGAACACGGGUCAACGCCAGCGCCAGUUUGCACAUCAGGCCCCUCCUGGCCUCCUACCCAGCAGCCUCCGUCCUGGCCUCGGGGACCCUGGACCCAGAUGAGGGUCCGCCCCGGGGGCCGGACAGCCAGCACCCCCAGGCCGCAGCGGAGACGGCGUUGGCCAACGUUGGCCGAGGGGCCCAGCUGCCAGCCUGCCUGGGGUUCUUCUAG